UGUCACCAACAGCCCUCAAACAAAACAAAGAUUUUGAAGCGUCUCAUAUUAAAACUAUAGCACUUCUUCCACGUCGAAACAAUUACCCUUGGCAAAUGUGUGACCACUCUGAAUCUGUUUAUAAAAACAAUUGCAUUAAAGUUGCAAAAAAUAAAUGUGCUGAAAAUGCUACUUGCUUAUCAAGGCAAGUACAAAAACUGCGAAUAUCCAGCGCCGACUCCAACACAAAAGAAAAAACAAAAAUCAACUCGUUUAUUGAAUUCUACGACAGCAUACCUGAAUACAAUGAUAUCAAUCACUUAUCCAAUAAAGAAUUCUACAAGAAAUUGGAUUAUUUGCGACAGAAGCAGAGAACAUUCUAUGAAAGUUUGGUAAAUGAAGAAAAGUAUGGUGAUAACGAACAUAACAGUUGGUAUGAUAAUUAUAAGUCACUAAAUAAUCAUCGAAAUAGUAUAAUAAAAGCAAAAAAUGAUGAUGUGGUAACACAAAAACCUCCGUCGAGAAGAUCCGUGCGUAUUGGGAGCCCGGAAGUUAUUAUUGAUAAGAAUAGAAGACCUAAAAGUUAUAAAGAUGAAAGUUUAUUGAAGAGUUCAAGAGAACAUGUUUCUUCAGCUGGUUCAACUUCGAGAUACAAGAGCAAUAGGCAUAAAUCGAAUAAAAGUCCGUUUUGUGAUUCGACUUUGGAUGAAAUGAGUGAUUGUACAUUGACAACGCGGAGUGUGCCUUGUAGUCCAAGGAAACAAUCGGUUGCGUGGAAGGAUAACAACACCACGCAGAGUAAUACACCGGAUACAUUUAAAAUGACCGUCAGAAAUGAGAAUGAUAAAAUAAUAGACGAAAUAGUAAUCAACAAGAAAGCAAAUAAAACUAAUGAUGGAAUGUUUCGUGCGAAUCCUGUUCCGAUUGAAUCACGCAUUCCGCUGUUUGAUAAAAUAAUGUACGAACAAGAACAAAGAAGUAAACAAGUGAAACAACGAAGUAAGGAAGCACUGAAAGCUCAAAUGAAUUUAUUUUCAUUUACAAAACGCGAGGAAGAAAUCUCAGAUAUUACUCGACGUCUCACAAAAUCAUCACCUGAUUUAUUUCUUUGUUUUGACAAGCAAAAGAAGCCAAAACAAUUUAGGGCAAAACCAGUACCAAAAAAUCUAUUUAGUAAUUAUGCUUAUCAAAAAAUGAAUGAAGAUGAAUACUACAGAUCUUUGCAAAAAAAGAUUCGUGCAGAGGAAAUGUUGAAAACAGCAUCGCUGCCUCCUUCAAUGGCAAAACGUGAGAAGACUAAAUCUAAAUACCACAUAUGUCCGAAAUCAUUCCGAGAAAUGUACGAAAGCCAAAUGAGGAAAAUACCACCAUCACGCCGGAAAGAUUUAGAAAAAGAAUUGGCCGAACUCGAACUUGAUUUCAUCAUGGCGACGCCAAGUCCAGUAAAUGUAAACAAACCAAAAAGUAAUAAAUCAAAACGGAAAAACACUAGAAAGUCAUCAUCAUCCAGCAGUGGAAAGAGUAGCAGAAGUCCUUCGACUCUUGAAAGUGUAAAUCGGUCAAACUUGGCUGCUGUUUUACGAAUUCAAUCAUCAAGGAAACGAAUGGAAGACGAAAUUUGUCGGCGUAUUGAAGAAGCACAUCUUAAAGAGGAAGCACGCUGGCGUGAAAAAGUGCUCCGGAAAAAACCGGUCUGGCAGACAUUGACGUACAGCCAUGAGGAAGAUCUAAAUAUGCGAUUACAGAUGCGCCGUGACGAGGAACGGAUGCGGAACGAAGAGUUUCGUAUGCAGAUGGAGACGAUGUUUGGCAGAGUUAACCAGCAGCCAACUUUGUUCGAAAGACAAUCAAAUGUAAAGCUUGCAAAAACCAAAGAAGAACUGAUUUCACAACUUUAUGGUCCUUCACCUUCAAGUGACAAAUUUUCACAUAGUAAUGAAUCUUUAAGAAAAUGUGUUGAAAUGAAAGAUGAGGGAAUACAAGCCAAGCUUGACGAUGUUUUUGACCCGAAUGAGAAUGGACCAGAGCAGAAAGAAGAAUUUAUCACUGAUUCAGUUGACACUGAUGAUAAUUAAUUUGAAAAAUUGCAACACUGCUGGAGUUCUUCAACCUAACCUAAAUUAUAAGCUAACCGAAUGUAUAACUUGCUUAUUGUUACCACUAUUAGUAGAUUUAGUCGUGUAGAUUCUUAGAUAUUGAUGUUUUAAUACUGUACACUUUCUGUGAUAUGAACCAUAACAAAAUGUCAACGUCUCUAAUGUAUCCCACAACUUCCAAUCAUUUGUUAGCACAUGUGUGGAUAUUUAAAUCAUUUCCUCUUGUAGCGCACAUAAACGUUUCAACAAUAAAGUCGUCCAUGUGCUUCGAAGUCACAUUCUGAUAAA